GCCAAUCGUCAUCAUCAUCGGCUCGUGAAAGAUAAAUCACAACAUCUUUGCGGGAUUGCGUGAAUGUUCCGCUCGAGAGAGUUAAAAAAUGGCCGUAACAGCGAACAAAAACGUUGCAUUGGGCUGCUUUCUUGUGGCUGUUUUUGCAAUAAAUGGAUGUGACUGCGCGAGUAACACUACCUCCAACUCAACGAAAAUAGACGAGGGAAAGCUUCUAGACCAACUAUUUCAAGGGUACGACAAGCGCGUGCGUCCAGUAACGGACCCGUCCGAUGUGGUGGAGUUGAAGCUUGGACUCAAGAUUCAAAAGAUAGUGAAGAUUGACAGCAAAGAACAGGAGAUGAUCACACGUGUUUGGGUAACACAGGUUUGGAGAGACCCAAAGCUUAGAUGGGAUGUCGAAAAAGGAGGUGGCAUAGAAACAAUAUUUGUGGACCCAAGCGAGAUUUGGACACCGGAUAUCUCACUAUACAACAAUGCUGAUGAUUCCGUGUCAGUUGCUGGCUCCGUAAAAAAGUUCCAGACCAAAAUUGUCGUCGCAAACACGGGUAAAGUCGUAUGGCAGUCCCCAGCAACCUUCAGAAGCGAGUGCUCCAUCAAGAUUCGUUACUGGCCCUUUGAUGUGCAGAAAUGCUCAAUGACAUUUGGCUCUUUUAUCUUUCCCGCGUCAGCUCUAAACGUCACCUCCCUCUACGACUCAUCUUUCUAUACAGACCGAUUCAUGCAGAGUGGAGAUUGGGACAUCAAGGAGGUGUCUUUGGGGAGAGCCGAUACCAGGCCAGGAAAAACCACAGUCAGUACACUACGCCUGCAGAUCACGGUCGAGCGCAAGCCGAUCUACUACAUCAUCUACCUCAUCAGCCCCUGUUCCUUGCUGCUUUUCCUUGCCUUAAUGAGUUUCACAAUCCCCUCGGAGAGCGGUGAAAGGAUCGGUUUCAUUACCACUAUCCUGCUUGCCCUGACUGUUUACCUCCUGCUUGUUCAGCAACUGCUGCCGGAGACCUCGGACGAGCUUCCUCUCGUCGGUUUAUUCUGCGUUAUUGCCAUUGCUGAAACUGCGUUCGUUUUGCUUCUGACAAUUUUGGUUUUGCGCUGCUUUUACAAGGAAGGCCAGCCCCCAGUCUGGGCUCAGCGACUGCUUGGAUGUUGGUGUUGCAAAAAGCAGGAGAAGAAAAGAAAACCCGGCACGCUUUCUAAACUCGGCGAGACGUACAUGAACGGCUACGAGAUGGGUUCUUCGUCUGAGAAGAUAGCCACGGACAUCGUAUCCGUCUUCAGUCAAUUCAAGACGGAGGAAGAAGCAGCCGGACCGAGCUGGCAGGACAUUUCACGGACAUUGAACAUAAUUUGCUUUGCAAUUUCUGUCGUACUCAUUAGCACCACCUGUGCAGUGAUUUUUACUAAUUCUGACAGCGUCACAACUGAUGUUUCAUAAUUAAAAGACCUUUGACAGGAAAUAACGACUCGGGUGCAUCUAGAGAGGGGCUAGAGUCCUAGUUGAUGACGUUUAGAAAUCUAAAUUUUGAUUUCUAAUGUUUGGUCAUCCGAAAUGUAUUGCCUGAUGACGUCCCUUACCAGUAAAGGUCUGAGUUAUUGGCGUC